CCUACCCUAAGGAUAUACAGUAGCACCAGCAGCUCAGUGGUGCUGAGGAGAUUGAUUUUUUUUCCCCUUUUGGAUGCUGGUUUCACUCAACAAGAUGGACGUAAGAGUAGCGUGCAUGCUCCUCUUCAUGGUGGCAUCGGCAGCAGCCCACGGGAAGGGCUAUGUUGUGAAGAAGAUGGUGAAGGCCCCUCAGUACCAGCCCUACUCUGUGAAGAGCCACGUUGUGUCAGUGGCAGGUGAGCCUGGUCCUGCAGGUGAGCCCGGCCCUGAGGGACCUCCUGGCCCUCCUGGUCCUCAAGGUGAGAGUGCUGAAGGUGAACCUGGAGCCCAGGGACCUCCUGGAGCUCCUGGAGCUCCUGGCCGCUCCAUCGCUGGCAAACCCGGAUCUCCUGGUGGACCUGGAAAACCUGGUAGCAAUGGAGCACCUGGUGAGAGGGGAGACACCGGAGCCCCUGGUCUUCAGGGACCUAGGGGAGCCCCUGGAUCUAAUGGAAGCCCUGGACCUGCUGGCCUCUCUGCCACCGGCAAGCCUGGACCUUCAGGUCUGCCUGGAGCAAUGGGACCCAGAGGAGAGUCUGGUCUGAAAGGGCAUCCAGGUAUCCCUGGACUGCCUGGUCCUAAAGGUGAUAGAGGGAUAGGAGUAAUGGGACCUCAGGGUGAGACAGGACCUGAGGGACCUAUGGGCUCAACUGGAGCACCAGGUGAGGCCGGAGUUGGAAAGCCAGGUAAAUCAGGUAUGCCAGGUGAGCCAGGAAAGUCAGGUAGCCCAGGGAGAGAUGGUCCCUCAGGUCCCAUGGGACCAAUGGGACCAAAGGGACACACUGGUGCCCCAGGUGUAGGUAUUCCAGGUAAACCAGGUGAUAAUGGUGCCCCAGGUAUGCCCGGCCCAGUUGGUCCUAAAGGCCAUAUGGGACCAGCUGGAGCCACCGGUGCCCCUGGAGUCCCUGGAUAUGGAAAGCCAGGUGCAAAUGGAGAGAAGGGAGAGAGGGGAGCUACUGGUGCCACAGGUUCCACAGGUGCAAAGGGUGAGCAAGGUCCCACAGGAUAUACUGGUGCUACAGGUGCAACUGGCUCCACUGGUGCUGCUGGACCUCAGGGUCCAAGAGGUUUCCAGGGUGAAUCUGGCCCUGUUGGUCCUAAAGGUGACACAGGUGCUACUGGAUCUCAGGGGCCUAAGGGAAACAAAGGAGAUCAGGGAGCACAGGGUUUCGCAGGCAAGCAGGGUUAUCCAGGUGCAGCCGGUCCUCCCGGACCCAGAGGUGCUACUGGACCUUCAGGUGAUAAGGGUAAUGUAGGUGCACCUGGUACCCCAGGUUCCCCAGGUAUUCCAGGCCCUGCUGGACCCAAGGGUCAUCCUGGCCGUGCUGGAGAGCCUGGUUCCUCUGGUUCUGAUGGUGCUUCAGGUCCCAGAGGACCAUCUGGAGCUCAAGGUCCUGCUGGUGCUCCUGGUCUUAAGGGACACCCAGGUCUCCCUGGCCCAUCUGGCCCAGCUGGUUUGGCUGCUAAGGGUGUCCCCGGACCUCAGGGUCCCCCUGGUCUGCCCGGUGAUUCUGGUGCUGAUGGUGAGGCUGGCCCAGCUGGUCCUCCUGGUCCCCCUGGUCCUCCUGGUGAGGUUAUGUUUGAGAAGGGCAAGGGAAUGGAAAUGGCUGAGGUCAUGGUCAAGUCUCCCAUGUCUGCUUUCACUGCAUCCCUGGCCACCCCCUAUCCUGCUGCUGGCAGCCCCAUCAAGUUUGACCAGAUAGUGUACAAUGCUGAGAGUCACUAUGACCCUGAGACCGGCAUCUUCACUUGCCAGGUUCCUGGAGUCUACUACUUCUCCUAUAGCAUCCAUGUUAAUGGAGCUCAUGCCCUGGUGGCUCUGUACAAGAAUGGCCAGCCUGUUAUGUUCACUUAUGAUGAGUACAACAAGGGCUUCCUUGACCAGAUGUCUGGUAGUGCUGUCCUCUUGCUCGAUGAGCAGGACACUGUCUACGUCCAGAUCCCUGAUGAUGAGGCCAAUGGUGUCUUUGCUGCCGAGAAUGUCCACUGCUCUUUCUCUGGGUUCCUCAUUGCUUCAACGUGAUACGUUGAUUCAGUAGUUACCAAAAGCCAACCAACUAAAUUUGCAAUCUAUUUCUCAAACUAAAGUAAACUCCCUGUUCAUUUUCUCCUCAACCAGACAGACAGGCAGUUCACCCAUCUUUGAGGAAUAGUAGCAUCGCGACUUGAAACUACAAGAAAUAGGUGCUUAGAAGAAGGAAAACUAAUUUAUGAAAACAGGUGAUCAGGGAUGGGGGAAGCAAUCCACAAAGAUACCAGUGAGCUUUUGUAAGAGAGACAGCAUGUGAAAUGCAGGUGUUAUAACUGUGUUGUGUCCUGACUUUUUCUUUUCCACUCUGUUCCUUUUAUGCUGACUUCAACUGGUGAUUCUUAAUUAAGUGUUUGUCUGUUUUUGUUUGUUUUUGUACCUGCUCGUUUUGUUUGGGUGACCAAUAAUCUUAUUAAAAGUACACAAAUACUUUCUGUGCAACAUGUUGUAACUGUUAUCCUUGUAUGUGACUUGAAUAUUGUGAAAUGGUAAUGGUCAAAUUGACCAUUAUGAUUAAAUAAGUCACCAGAAAACUGUCAAGCAACCAAAAACUACCAGCAACAUGGAAAUAUACCCAAACAUGCAUUAUGUCGUGUAAAGCAUAAUGACCAAAAUA